UAAGAUGGAAAGAAUAGCGCUUAGAAAAAAAAUUUCCAACGGGCAGCGGCCGCGGCUCGACCGAUUCGUAGCACCGCGGGCCUCGUUCCAAGAAAUGCGCCGGCGACUCUCCUGGGCAGCUAGCUGUGAUCACCAGUCCGUUGACAUUUGGUACAAAAAGCACCUUCAGCAAAAGAACUACACAAGCUACCUGGACGAGGCUUUCGGCCUGGAGCCCCUGGGAAGCCCGGGCUGCCGCGAGCCUCAGGACGAGGUGCAGACCUGGCCCUGUGUGCCGAGGAAGCAGCGGUACCUGUCGUCUGCUGACAGCAUCCUGGACUUGCCUACUUAUAGCCUUGCUGCUUUUCCAGAACUGCUGGACUGGAGUAACGACAACAUCCUGGUGGCGGCUCUAGGCAUGAACUACCACAAAUGGAGCUGGCGGACGCAGAGCCUCAUCAACAAGGGCUUCGCGCGGAACGAGAUACAGUGCUGCAAGUUCGACCCCAGGGGAGAGAUGCUCAUUUUAGGAACGGACAUGAAGAUGGUGGAAGUCCACAACAACUUGUUGAGCAAGUGGGUGGCCGGCAGCUACUGCCGCUGCCUCGACGUCGACGACGUGGACUGCUCCAUCACCGCGCUGGACUGGAGCCCCACUGGGAACUCUUUUAUAACCGGCUGCUCCCGAGGCAUGCUGGUGACCUUCGACCGCAACGCCCGACUGAUCAGCUGGCGGCGCGUCAUCCACUCCGCCGUACUGGUGGUGCGAGUGUCGCCCGACGCGCGGUACGUGGCCGUGGCCGCGGUCAACGCGACUAUUGUACUGGUGCUGUCCUGGCCAGGACUUGAGCUGACCUCCAGCCUUAACUCUGAGUGGACUGUUAAGACACUGACGUGGCAUCCAUGGCGCAGUGCGCUACUAGGCAUCGGCGCCGUGACAACAUCCCUGCAGUCCCGUAUCGCCUUCUGGGAUGCAGCAUCCGCCAAGGUCCGGGAGACGAACCUGGGCCGCAGCCACUACAGCCUGGACUGCAUGCUGUUCAGCCACCGGACCGGCGAGAUGGUGCUGAGUUUGUGGAACGCAGACCCAGCAGCGGCUUACCAGAAGACCUGUUCACACCUGGUGGUGAUGAGCGACCCGGAGACGGUGGUGGACCACUGGGGCGAGGGCCGCAGCGGGCUGGACCGCGUGCGGACCAUGAUCUUCAGUCCCGACGGGACCAAGCUUGCAACGGCCACAGCAGACGAAGACCUGAUCAUCUGGAACUUCUUGCCAGAAGAUCCGCGCAAAAAAAAGACAAACUGCAGACAGUUCUCUGCUAUGCCAGUGUACCUGGACAAGGCUAUGUAUGGCUACUCGCUUAGGUGAAACAUAAACAUUUAAUCAUUCAUAAUUUAUUCAUUUAAUUUUUAGUGUAGACUGAGCGAUGUUUAGAUUUUUAGUAUUUGCAAUUAUAUUUCGUAUGAAAACUUAAUUUAUAUUUCAAUCACAUUUUAUAGUCUUGUAAUUCACAAAUCGCUUAGUCUACACUUUUAAUGUGUAAUCAACUCAAUAAACAAUAAAUUUUAUUCAUAUUUUAUUAUGCUGGAUGUGCAAAUGUUAUUA